GAAAUCUGAUGUUGAGUCCUGCUGAGUUCAUGGUAGGGCAAAAAAAGAUCAUUAGAUCCAAAGAAAGGGAGCUAAAGAUGGCUGGUUUUUCCUUCUGCUUCUUAAUUUUUAGCAUCUUCUCCGUAUCGGCGAACCGUCCCAGGGGCCGUAUCCUGGGGGGGUCAGAGAGCGACCCCCACUACAGGCCCUACAUGGCGUCUCUGCAGGAGGACCGGAAGCAUCUCUGCGGUGGGUUCCUAAUCACUGCUCAGUGGGUGCUGAGUGCAGCCCACUGCUUGGAAGAAACGAAUAACGGGACGUUUGAGGUCCUCUUGGGAGCCCAUUCGCUCUCAGAAACAGAACCGAACAAGCGUCUGUAUGGAGUCCGUCGACUCAUUCCUCACCCAGGGAGCAGUCAAGACACCAUUCUCCAUGAUCUCUUACUUAUCCAGCUUGCAGAGCCCGCAGUCCUUGGGCCACAUGUGCAGAUCCUGCCGUAUCAGACUGUAAACAAUGAUGUCCCCGAACACACUCAAUGUGAAGUGGCUGGCUGGGGCAUUAUUAGCAAUACGGGAAAGAAGCCGGACAAGCUGCAGUUCGUGCAUCUCAGAAUCAUCAAUCGAAAUCAAUGCAAUUCGAGGCGACACCAUGACGGCAGCAUGACGGAGAACAUGAUAUGCGCUGAAUCCAGAAAGAAAGACUCCUGCAAGGGCGAUUCUGGUGGACCUAUUGUUUGCAACGGCAUCGCUGAAGGCGUCGUGACCACUGGCUCCACUGUUUGCGGCAAUUGGCGGAAACCUGGGAUUUACACCCGGACUGCUCCCUACGUCUCAUGGAUCAACAGCACCAUCGAGUCCAACAAUUAAGUCAUAAGAGGGAUUGCUUGGUAGCUCUCAAUGCUGAGGCUUCAAGAUGCAAAGGGGGAUGAGAUUGAGCAAUCCAUUUGUCUGAAAUGAUGUAAGGUUUCCUGCCUGAGCAGGUGGUUGGACUAGAACAGGGGUCUCCAAUUUUGACAAUCUUAAGCCUGGAGGACUUCAACUCCCAGAAUUCAUUCUGGGAGUUGAAGUCCUCCAGGCUUAAGGUUGCCAAAGUUGGGCAUCCCUGGAUUAGCAGACUUCCAGGGUCUCUUCCAUCUCUGUUAUUCUGUUCUCCCAAGAGGUUCAGAAAGAAAUCUCCUUCGCUUAUGGAGAUGGGCUCUGCUUUCUUUUUCUUUUUCUUUACAUCAAGGGGGACCUGUACAUCAACCAGCAAUGCUUCUUACCAAGAAUUAUUGUCAACUUGCAAAAAUUAAAGAAAUAAAUGGGAUGCAGGUG